AUGGGGUUCAACGUCUGGGUCGUUGCGGUGUUCGCCUUGGUGGUGCUUGCGGGGCGAAGCAGUGCGGAAAUAGUUGGAUGUGGCGGUUUUGUUGAGGCAAGUCAUGCAUUGGUUAGUGCAAGGGGGGCCGCAGCCGCCAAGCUGGACUACUCGUUCAUCUCCGUCGAGCUGGUUAGCGACCUAGGCGUGGUCAAGGAAAAGACCGAGUGCUCCCCGAAUGGGUACUACUUCAUCCCCGUCUAUGACAAGGGUUCGUACAUGCUGCGCGUAGCCGGGCCUGAUGGGUGGACGUUCGACCCGCCGUCCACGCACGUUGACGUUGGCGAGGCGUGUGGAACGGAGGAGUAUGUCAACUUCAAGGUCACGGGCUUUUCCUUGACGGGCAGUGUCAAGAGCGGAGCUGGAGGCAAAUCUUGCCCCCAGUCUGGGAAUGCCGGUCCGGAGGGAGUGAAGUUGACACUGAAGAGACCGGACGGCAGCACGACGUCCGCCGUUUCGGAUGCCAACGGGAGGUACUCUUUCGGAAACCUGUCGUCAGGCGUCUACACGGUGUCAGCCUCCCACUCGUCCUGGAAGCUGGACGGGGCGCCGCGGGAGGUCACAAUUGACUGGGGCAACGUAGCUGUGGCGAAGGACUUUACAGUGACCGGCUACGAUCUGACUGGGUCUGUCGUGGCAGACGGGAAUCCUAUCCUAGGCGUUCAGGUGUUCCUUUAUUCGGACGACUUCCAAGCGCUCCCGGACGCCCCCCCGCCGUCCAGCACCGGUCCCUCAGGACACGGCAAACCGCUCGCGGUGGCUACCUCCAAAGAAGACGGCACGUUCGGCUUCUCGGGUCUGCCGUGCGCAUCGUACAAGUUGGUACCAUUCUACCGAGGGGAACAGACGGUGUUUGACGUGUCCCCUGCGGAGGUCGAGGUGACGGUGGGGCAUGGAGGGGCCGUCAUUGAAGAGCCAUUUUGGGUGACUGGUUUUUCUGUAAGUGGCAGAGUGCUCAAUGACAAGGGAGAAGGCAUCGCGAGCGUGAAAAUCGUCAUCAACGGUGCGGACGGGGGUGUGACGUCAGCGGAUGGCCGAUACAGCAUUGACAAGGUGUCCUCAUCUACCAAGUACACCAUCGAAGCCUCCAAGCCGCACCACCGCUUCCCCUCCCUCAGUUCCCUCACCAUCCUCCCAAGCAUGGCGACCCUCCCUGACGUCAUUGCUGACGCGUACGACCUCUGCGGUGUCGUCAUCUCCCCCGACCACUCCUCGUCGCGCCAAGUGGCGCUCACGCACGGGCCGGCUGGAGUCGGCCCCAAAACGGCGCCGGUUGACACCAGCAGCGGCAAGUACUGCUUCAGCGUGCCUGCGGGAGAGUACGUGGUGUCGCCUGUGGUGUCGAGCCAGGAGAAAGCGGCGGGCGUGCUGUUCACCCCGGCCUCCAAAGAAGUGAAGCUAUCCAGUGGCCCCCUCCUAAACGUUGACUUCACUCCAACCAAGGUCACCGUCUCCGGCUCGGUAAUCUGUUUAUCCCCUCCCUGCGGCGAAUCGGUAACCGUGACCUUAUCCCCGAUUGGAACCCACGCCCCUGCCCAAACCGAGCACCUGCAACCAAACGACCCCGAGGGCAAGUUUUCGUUCUCCGAGAUUACCCCAGGAAAUUACAAGGUUAGCGCCAAAACCCAAAAUUCGUGGUGCUGGGUCAACAACGGCGAGGCGGAGUUUGAAGUGGGCGCGGAGGACGUGACCGGGUUAGAGCUAACCCAAGCCGGGUUUAGCAUGAAGGUUGAGUCGAGCCACGCGGUGAACGGGACAAUCGAGCUGUUUGGCGGGAGCGCUUCCGACGCGAUCCACGCGCCAAUCAAAACGGGCGCCCAAGAGUUCUGCCUCCCGAAACCUGGUGUCUACUCCCUGAGCUUUGAGCGGGCCUGCGUCUACUUCGGCAAGAAGGCCUUCGAGUUUGACACCGCUGCGCCAGCCCCCAUCAACCUCCGCCUAACCCACUUCCUAACCCGGGGUUCCAUUUCGAUCGACUCCAAAACCGUCCCAGACGCUGACGCACUCGCGGAGGAAAUCUAUGUCAGCAGCGCGCCGGCUGGCAGCGCCGGGACGGCCGCAGAGAAGAUCCCGGUCUUGCUGGCCAGAAAAGCGACGGGUGAUGACGUCACUGUAGUGUACGAGUACGCCAAGUGGGCUGCCCCAGGGGAGGCGUUGGUGCUGACGCCAGCGCACUCGAAUUUGCUUUUCUACCCGCGCUCAAGGACGACAAAGGUGCCGUCAACUGACACCACAGAAUGCCCAGCGAAGGUUCCCGCUUUCGAAGGUCGCCCGGGGCUGAAAGUGGAGGGCAGUAUCAACCCUCCGGAGGAGGGGGUCAAAGUGGAGGUCAAGUUUGUGAGCCCGAGCAAAACGGCCGGGGGAGAGGCCGGAGCGGUGGCGGUCACGGCCUUCACCGACAAGCGGGGGAAGUACUCGGUUGGACCCCUCUACGACGACGCUGAGUACGAGGCGGUCGCCUCCAAGCCCGGCUUCCAAUUCCGCCAGUUCACACCGGGCGACAAGUGGUCUUUCGAGGGGCUGAAGCUGGGCAAGAUCGUGGUGGAAAUCGGCCCCGGUUCCGGCGCCGAGCAACCGCUUCCGUCCGUUCUGCUCUCGCUGUCAGGGGAUCAGCGGUACCAAAAGAACGCCGCUACUGGAGAGGGGGGCAGUCUGACGUUCGAGGAGCUCUUCCCGGGUACUUUCUACUUGAAGCCGCUUCUGAAGGAGUACCGUUUCGAGCCCGCCAACGCAGUCAUUGAGGUCGGCUCCGGACAGUCCAAAACCGUCCGAUUCGUCGCCCAUCGGACGGCCUUCUCCGUUCUGGGCACCGUCCGUCUCCUGGGGGGCCACGUGGCAGAAGGAGUGACCGUUGUAGCAGUAUCGGACGGCUCGUACGAGGAGGCGGUGACGGAUGCUUCCGGACAGUAUCGGCUGCGGGGGCUGGCGCCAAACACGGAGUAUACCGUCCGAAUUAAGACGGACGUGUCCUCUCGGGUGGAGCGCGCCGCCCCUGGCGAAACCGCAGUUUCCGUGACAAGUGCCGACAAGGACGGGGUCGACUUUCUGGUGUUCGAGCGGCCCGGCAAGUGCACGAUUACCGGUGUAGCGGAGGGCGACGAGGAGUACAGACCGCAAGUCACGGUGGAGGUUGUUUCUGCAUCGUCGUCCUCAGUCGCACGAGCAGUGCAGCUGCCGUUCUCCCGGUUCUUCGAGGUUGGGGGCCUCGCGCCCGGGAAGUACGUCGUGAAGUUGGCGUUCGGACUCUCCGAUCGGACGCACUCUUUCGAGGCGGAGUCGGUGGAAGUGGACCUCGGCGAGGGGUGCAAGCCCACACACGUUGGCACCCUCCACUUCUCUGCGGCCGAGAGCCACGAGAAGCACGACGCCCCGGUGACGCCGCUCGUCCCAAUCCUUGGGUUCGCCGUCGCUAUCUACCUGUUUUUCAAGUACACCAACGUGCAGUCAUUUACGGGCGGGGGAAGCGCCCCCAGCUCCUCUCCGGGCAGCUUUACCUCAGGGAUGGUGACCCGGGCAAAGGCCAAAGAGCCGGUGGACGCGAGCCCGGUCGCGGCGCGCAAGCCAGUGGUGCGGCGGAGGACCAGUACGUAUUAGGCUCCUGGUCGAAAGCGUAUCGUUGUGCAUUUCGAGUCACUGCAGUUAUGUUGGGAAUCGCGCCUAUAAAUCUGAAAAGUUGAAAGCGGAAAGUUUCAACAGCUUCUAGCACCAGUUAAGCAUGUGCGUUUGUCUUCACUGACUUCAACCACAAGUACGUUCUCACUAUGCAGCGCUGGUUGACGUACGUUCGUGAGCUAGAUUGCUCACUUCUUAAAGACGACAUUCCAAUGCCAGGCCAUGAACAUGCUGAUUGACCACGAUUGUUUCUUGCAAACAUGACAUGC